UGUCUGAGGAUUCAGUUGUAAAUUUUUGUCUGCUUACUAUUUACAUUGUCAAAAUUACGGUUUCAUGUAUGUUUAAAAAUUUAGUUAACAAUGCAUCGGUCUGUACUCGUCGCAUUCGACUUUGAUCAUACAAUUGCCAAUGGCAAUACCGAUACCGUGGCUCGAAAGCUAUUGCCCAAGGAAAAUUUACCAGACAAUGUGAAGGAUUUAUAUCGUUCUGAUGGUUGGAUCCCGUAUAUGGCGAAAAUAUUUGAGUUGCUGCACAGCAAUUCCAUCGACAUAGACCAAAUCAAAACAGCUAUUAUUAAUAUACCUCCUGUGCCGGGUAUCGAAACCCUUCUAAAAGAAUUAUCCUCUCGAGGCUGUGAAAUUAUUAUUAUUAGUGAUUCGAAUACAUUCUUCAUUAGUGAAUGGUUAAAGAACAAAAAUUUAUAUCAUAUUAUUACUCAAACAUUCACAAAUCCCGCGAAAAUCGAUGAUGAUGGUUUAAUAAAGUUGGAUAUGUACCACGUUCAAAAUUCUUGCAAAUUAAGCACUGUUAAUUUGUGCAAAGGACAAAUUUUAGAAGAUUACGUUAAGAAACGAAAUGACGAGGGAGUACAUUUUGAUCGAAUUGUGUACGUCGGCGAUGGAAAAAAUGACCUGUGCCCAAUUAUACGACUUUCGGAACGAGAUGUAGCAUUUCCGCGGAAGGAUUACACGCUUAUAAAGAUGUUAAAUGAUGUUGAAAAUUACCAAAUUCCAAAAAUAAAUGCUCGUAUAUUUCCAUGGACUGACGGUGUACAAAUCUUAAAGACAUUAGAAGAAAAAAUAGGAUUUUCUAAAUCUUUUUUAUAA